AUGGCGUUUCCACCCCCGCCUCCAGGACAGUUCCCUGGAUCCGGCUUUGCGCCACCACCGCCACCUCAAGGCCAAGGCUUUGCUCCGCCUCCGCCGCCCCCAGGACAAGGACAAGGAUUUGCUCCACCCCCUCCUGGUGGACAGGGAUUCGCCCCGCCCCCACCAGGUGGCCAAGGUUUCGCUCCACCCCCACCUGGACAAGGAUUUGGUCAGGGGCAACCCCAGCCUCCUCGACCAGGUGGUGGUUUUGCGCCGGGCUGGGUUUGGAUCAUCUCAACCCCCGCCACCACCCGGUGGAGUUGGUUUUGCGCCGCCACCAGUGGAGGAUUUCAGCAACCUCCUGGACCUGGAAUGCAACAACCACCCCCACCAGGUCAUGGCGCGUCUUCGUUCUAUCCACAGCCAACUGCUCCGGGACCUCCCCAGGGUCCCCCUCAGCCUGGAAUGCAACCAGCACCACCAGGUCCAGGGGGAGCUGCAGCAGCUCCCCAAGCCGACGCAGCCAUGAUCAAUCAAAAUAUUGAUUUCAGUGUCAAGAUUCCAGACAAUUUGAUCAAGUUCACGGCAAACAAAGUUGCCAGACGGCUCAGCUGGCUGCUGGGACAAAGAUCCCAUUCGAGGUGUCGUACUUACAUCAAUGCAUUUGUCUCGUGGUCCGAGCAUGGGCGGCGAUGGCGUUGUAAUAUUUGCGGUCAAAUCAACGACUGUGCAGCAGCCUACUUUUGCCACUUGGAUGAGCAAGGUUUGAGAAGGGAUCGAUUUGAACGCCCUGAGCUGUCCAAGGCCGUCGUUGAAUUCAUUGCUCCAGCCGAGUACAUGGUCCGACCUCCCCAGGAACCAUCUUACUUCUUCGUCAUUGAUGUGAGUGCGACAGCUGUCCGGAGUGGAAUGGUGCAUUCGACAGCCAAGGCUAUCAAAGAAAGUUUGGAUGAUCUCCCGGGACGGGGGAGAACCAAAAUUGGAUUCAUCACGUUCGACAAUGCUGUGCAUUACUACAACUUGGCUUCCGAACUCAGCGCUCCACAAAUGAUGGUUGUCGCAGAUUUGAAAGAGCUGUUCGUGCCACUUCCCGAUCAUCUUCUGGUGAAUCUGCAAGAAUCACGAUCGGUUGUAGAUCAGUUCUUGGACAGUCUUCCGGAAAUGUUUGUCAAGAAUCCUGUUGUCUCGCAGUCAUGCCUUGGGCCGGCCCUGAAAGCUGGUUUCACCGUCAUGAAGAAUAUCGGCGGAAAGUUGUGUGUUUUCCAGUCAAUCAUGCCAAAUCUCGGGGACGGCGCACUGAAAAACCGAGAGAACAGACCUCUCAUGGGUACUCCGAAUGAAGUCAAACUGCUUCGUCCCGAGGUUACCUGGUACAAAGACACAGCAGUGGAGUUCAGCAGACAGCAAAUCAGCGUGGACAUGUUCCUUUUCCCUUAUCAGUACAUGGAUCUGGCGGCGAUGGCGGAGUUGCCAAAAUACACUGCUGGUUCAGUGCACUCUUAUGUUUCCUUUAACCACAAAAAGGAUGGACCGCGAUACGAGCAAACACUGAACAAAGUGUUGACUCAAACCACAGCCUUUGAAGCUGUGAUGCGAGUUCGUUGUACCAAGGGGAUGCGAAUCAGCAACUUUUACGGAAAUUUCUACAUUCGGGGAACGGAUCUCUUGGCGCUGCCCAACUGCAACACGGACUCAGUUUUUGGCUUCGAUUUGGCUCACGACGAACAAAAUGUGGCCAGCAACCAUGUAACUCUUCAAGCUGCCCUGUUGUACACCAGCAGCGAAGGACAGCGUCGUAUUCGCGUCAUGACCCAAGUUCUGCCCGUGACCAACCGAAGCACCGAAUUGAUGGCCUCGGUGGAUACAGAUGCUGUGUGCAAUCUACUUUCGAAGCAGGCAGUGGAAGUUGCCAUCAAGACUAGUUUGGAUAAUGCUCGCAUGAGGCUGCAACAAACUUGUGUCGACAUGAUUCGGAACAGCAAGGAAGGGGACAAGCGAACGGUUUCUGGCUACACUGUUCCGCCUCCCCAGGGGCACCACGGAGGACAAGAAGCAGAAGAAAAACCCAUUCCCGAGCAUAUGCAAUUGUUGCCUCUCUACAUCUUAGCAAUGAUGAAAAAUGUUGCAUUUCGCGGUGGCACUGAUGUGCACCCUGACGAACGAAUCCAGGCCCAUCGGCAGAUGGUUGCGAUGUGGGUUACUCAAUCAAAGAAUUUCAUCUACCCUCGUCUCUUUUCAAUUCACGAUAUGGAUGACAAUGUUGGCUAUUCCGUGGAAGAUCUUCCUGAUGGUGGCGGCGAUGAUCCUCCUGUCGCGGGUCGCAACAGAAUUUUGUUGCCUCCAGUGGUCAAUCUGAGUGUCGAAAGGCUUACGAGCAAUGGAGUAUAUCUUCUUGACAACGGCAUUGACAUGUAUCUUUGGGUCGGGCGUGCUGUUGAUUUGAAUGUUCUUGGCUCGCUCUUUGGUGUUCAAUCACUUGAGGACUGUGACCCUGCUCAGAUCGAAGUCCUGACUAGUGGCGAUCCGUUGGCUUCUCGCUUUGGAGCGAUUAUUGAUGCCUUGCGGGAUGACGGUGACCAGUUUGUGAUCAGUCCAAAGAUUCAUAUCUGCCGAGAGGGUGAUCAGCAUAUGGAGUCUCGCUUCUUCUGGUUCUUUGUGGAGGACAGGGCUUCCUUCCAGGGUGGUACGUUUAGCUACGCUGAUUUCAUGCAGUUUGUUAACAACCCCAAUCAACCAGGAGGAGGAGGGGCGCCUGCGGCUCCACGUGGUCCGAUGCCCCCUGCGCCUGGAGGUCCUGGUCCUCAACGAGGGAUGCAACCACCGAUGCCCGGCCAACCUGGACCUCCGGCACCGGGGAUGCAAAGAGGGAUGCCACCCGGUCCGCCGAUGCCGCCAUCGAAUCAACCCGGGCCCCCAAUGCCUCGACAGCCUGGACCACCAAUGCCGCCGGGUUCGUCUCAGCCUCCCCCUCCGCAGCAAUACGGAGGCCCACCGGCACCACCACAGCAACAGCAAUACGGAGGUCCACCGGCACCACCACAGCAAUAUGGCGGCCCACCGGCACCACCUGGCCCACCAGCGCAACAAUAUGGAGGUCCACCGGCACCACCUGGUCCAACCCAGCAAUACGGCGGUCCGCCGGCUCCACCCGGCCCACCAGCGCAGCAAUACGGAGCUCCUCCCCCGAGGCCUGGACCACCAAUGCCACCGCAGGCGCCGUCUGGUCCACCACGGCACCAGCAGCCUCCGUCGCAGCAGAGCUACGGCGGUCCACCAGCUCCACCCGGUCCACCCAGAGCGCCACCAGGACCCCCAAGUCACGCAGCUCGGACCCCGCCACCACCAGCACCUGAAAGGCCUGUGGGUUCACCAUACCCGGCCCCUCCCGCUCCUCCCGGGCCACCUCGUGGCGGCCCUCCUCCUCCGCCUAAUCGCAUGCCACCACCCCCAAGACCUCCGCCGCCCCCGAGCUACAGGUAG